AUGCGCGGGGCGCGGCGGGCGCGGCUGGCGCCGGCCAAUGGGCGCGCGCCGCCCGCGCCGCUGCCGCACGCUCUCCCUAGCGAUAAACAUACGUUUCUCGCCCCAAACAUGAGCUUUUUGUGCAACUUUAGGGCUCGAGCGUCCCCGCGCACGUUGGUCGACUGCACCACAUCCACUGUUCAUCAUCUAUCGCAUACUGAACUCCCA